AUGAAUUCGAAAUCGCAGCCAGACUACUACGCAGCUCUUGGGGUGACCCAGGCAGCGACGGAAAAAGAUAUCGUCAAGGCUUACAGAAAACUUGCAAAGGAGAAGCAUCCAGAUAAAAAUCCGAAUGAUCCAAAGGCGAAGGAGAACUUUAUCAAACUCAAGGAAGCGUUUGACUUUCUGAAGGACCAAGGGAAGAGGACAGAAUACGAUAAUCAGCGUGUUCAAGCGGAGAGGGACAGGCAAAGAUAUGCUGCUUUUUCGGCACAGUACAAUCAUAUGGCGGGUCCUAAAGGAGUGAACCAAGCUCGUGCAGACGAGGAAGAAUGGGACGCUCUAAAUCGAGGCGAAGCUUACUACACUCAAUGGAUUAAAAACAAAUUCGCCGCCCGUCAAACUGCCCAAGAUGUCUCCAGGAAAAAGCGAGCCCAAAAGUACCGCGAAGAUCUCCUAAACGACUGGAAGGGCGAUCAACGGGCGAAAUAUCAACGAACAAUGGCAAAGUUGAAACUCAUGGUGGACCCAAGCUUUAAAAUGAGCAUCGGAAACUUGCGGAGUCUUCUGUGGGCGCUGAACAUUCAGGCUCCGCCAAAUGCGCCACCAGGCGUUUUUAUUGCCGAGUUUCAAGAUUCCAAGACGGCGUUGGUUGCUGAAAAGCGUUGCAAGCAGUUCAAGCCGAUGCCGAUUCGCGUUCAGUGGAUCACAAAGCGGCCUCAAACUGAGUUUGCUCCGCCUAGCUCUUACUAUGACGGCGACGAAAGAAAGAAGAAAAAUCAGCCAAAGUUCGAUCCAAAUCUGGAGCCCGAGCCGGAUAUCGGAUUUGGCGUUGGGAAGAAACCAUCAUUUGUUGACGAUGAGGUUAUCAUCAUCAAUGACAUGGGAACUUCUUUCGGUACGACCAAGAAUCCAAUCGUUAUCGAUGACGAUGAACCGAGGGGACCUAAUUUUGGUCCACAGCCACGCUCAAAGUCACCUCAUGCCGAUGAAACUAUUGAAAUCGAUGAUGAUGGCCCAAAAACAUCUUCAAAGGGGGACUUUGCGGAGGACGAUGAAGACCUCGUCCGGAUGUUCCGCGCUCAGAGUGCUAAAAAGAAGGAGGCCAAGAAGCCAAAAGAGCGUCCACAAGAAACAUACCAACCGAAGUUCCCUGCUGGUAAAACCUGGGAAGCUCAAGCACCAAACCCCGCGCCAUCGAAACCUGCCAUGAGCAGCGCUCAACAAUCAAAUGAAGAGAUCAAGAGGAAAUUCCGCGAACAACUCAAAGCCAAAAGAGCGCAAAAAGAAGCUGGAAAUACUCCUCAGCCUCCUCAAAAUACAACUUACACGCCGACAAAAAGCCACGAAGACAUUUUUCGAGAAGAAAUGCUCAAAGCGCAAAAUAAUGCCUUCGGAAAGAAGAAAAAACCUAUUCCAACUUAUCCUCCAUCGCCGGAGAGAACUUCCGCCCGAAAACGCCCAGCUAGCCCAAUUGAUAAACGCGCACAAAAUGAAAAACUCUUUGACACGCUAAUUUAUGAACCUUCGUCAUCUAAAAAAUCAUCCACGCAUAAAAAAUCAUCAAAUGCAAUCGAUCCAAAAUUUGAAGCAGAACUAAAACGACUGAAAGAGAAAAAAGCGAAAGAAAAAGAAGAUCGUGAGCGAGCGGAAAAACUUGCAAAAGAGGCUGAAGAAGAGAAAAAGGCGAGAAACGCGCAACUUUUUGAGGACCAGUUGAGAAAAUCAUCGGAAAAGGAGACCUCUAAAUCUUCAAGAACGGAAGUCCGUGAAGAUUUCGCUGAAGAACUUAAACGGCUCAAGGAGAAAAAAGCUCGCGAAAAAGCGAUAAAAGAGAAAGCCGCAAAAAUAGCUGCGAUGGUACACGAGAUUUCUAGCGAAAGCUCCUCCAAAGACGACGAUGAAGAAGACGAUGAUGAGGAUUCUGAAGAUGAAGUUGUUGAUCUGACGAAAUCCUCCAGAGAGCUUCUAAUCGAGCAACUUAAGCGUAAAAAAGCCCUGGCCAUGGCUCGAGCACGAGCAGAAGAAAAACUGAAGCAAGAGAAAAAACGUGUCCAUCUUGAAAAUCUCGCCGGCUAUGAUGAUAAUAAAACGCUUGAUAAAUCUGAUACAAAGCUAUUAUUCAGUCAAAAGUGGCUUUGCACUCGAUCUGUCAACACCCGAUUCUUGAGCUCAAGCUCUCAGCUCACCAGCAAGAUCCAGUACAACGUCGCCAAGCCCCAAAAUGACAUCAAGUCUGCCCAGGCUCAGGUUGACGACUGGCUCGCUACCAACAAGAAACUCGGUCGACCCAUGUCCCCUCAUCUCACGAUCUACAGCUGGUCGAUUCCAAUGACCAUGUCGGCCCUCAACCGAAUCUUUGCCUUUGCCCUCGUUGGUGCUUUCCUUCUUCUUCCAAUUUUGGACAUCUUUAGCUCUGGCUCGCUCGCAUCUGACAUCGCCACCUUCGGCGCUGAGGCCCGAGCUAAUGGAAACGGUUUCGGCAUCUUCGCCCUCAAGAUGGGCCUCCUCUUCCCACUUUGGUUCCACAUCCUCCUCGGCUUCCGACAUUGGUCCUGGGACAUCUUCGCCGUUGGCAUCAGGAAUGUCGGCGUCCUCUACCAGACCGGUUACGCCGCCAUCGGCCUCGCUGUUGUCCUCACCCUCGGCAUGGCUGCUUACAGCAAGGCUGAGUAA